GGCAACUCUGAACUCUAUCUAAAUGUCAAAAUGACUAUUGGAAAGUACAAUGUUAGAUUUUCAAAAUUCCCUUUAUAAAUAGGAAUUAAAUGCCGUAAAAUUAAUAAAACACAUGAUAAACAACUAUAUUUUUAGUGAAGACCAAGAGUUCCCUUAGUUCUAGUCAGAAAUGUUACUAAAUGAUCCGGCAUAUGACUUAGAAUUUUUCUACAGUUUUUACGUGAAAUUCCUGGCAGAAUCAUUGUUAUAUUUUAGGAAUUUUGCUUUGUAUAUAAGCUUAUGGCUCUUUGGGUACCUGUUGGUGUGUUGUGUGGUGUAUCGGAGAUAUGCUCGCCGCCUGCCAACGCGAACACGCGGCGCCUUGGGAGCAAAGCGAGUGCUAGUGGUAAUAGCCCACCCGGAUGACGAGUGCAUGUUCUUCGGGCCCACGAUCUUCAGAUUGUGCGAACAGGGUGCUGACGUUUAUGUACUGUGUCUAUCUAACGGAAACUAUGAGGGCAAAGGUCAUAUACGUCGCAGGGAGUUAUGGGACGCCUGUCAAGAGCUUGGUGUCCCAAACAAAAACAUAUGUAUAGUAAUGGACACUCGGUUACGGGAUGACCCUAAAUCCCAGUGGCCUGUGCCUGUGAUGGCUAAACUGAUGCACCAUCACUUAGAAAUGCUAGAUAUAGACACAUUAGUGACGUUUGACCGAGGAGGGGUGUCGGCACAUGCUAAUCACUCGGCCGUGUUUUAUGCCGUAGCUUACAUGUUUGUUGAGAAAUUAAUGCCACAAAGGUGUUCGGUGUACACAUUAGAUUCUGUAAAUAUUUUAAGAAAAUACAUUGGAUUCUUGGACCUGCCACUUAGUUUUGUAUUGUCUUCUAAGAGAUAUUUCCUCCGCUGGACUGAGAGCCGGCGCGUGAUUCGCGCGAUGAAACGCCACCGCUCCCAAAUGGUGUGGUUCCGGUAUCUCUAUGUGGCCUUCUCCAGAUACAUGGUCAUCAAUACCCUUCGGAGGAUAAGUCUAGCCGACAUUGAAUUGGAGCUUGAGGUUGAUGAUUGAGUACAAGAUAAAUUAAGAAGAUAUCUAAUAGUAUUGAAGUGUUGUGACUCUUGAGUAUUGUUUUAAAUGGUCGGGUAUAGAUUCUACAGUUUUAGGGCUGGCUAUGGGCAUAGUCAGGAUGUCGGUGGGUUGGUGCAAGUACCAAACUGAGGGCCUUUUAAAUUAUUUUAUGCUGUUGUGAAAGAGAGUUGUUGAUCUAUAAUCUGUAGUUUGCCUUCUGCUUCUACAUCUGCAAAAAUCUUCUUUAAGAUGUGGUGGUUGGCCCCUUUUAAUCUUAGUACUUUCUGUCUUCAAUAAAUUCAUAAUAUCUCUGGCUAUACAAAUGGCCUAUUAUAAAUGUUGCCAUAACCAAGUUUGAAAAACUUAACAACAACAUUUCUGCUGAUUUUAUGAUUCUUGCCACGUUACUUAACAAAAAUCAGUUUGCUCAUUUUUAAGAAGCUUGCUUGUGACGCAAUGUCUUAUUAAAAAUGUUUGAUAGGAAAUUGUAUUGGCCAACUUUAAAUAGUAUGUAGUAUAGUGGUCAUGCUUCUCCUUGGUCAUUAAAGUUAGAUAAAAAAUUUUGGGAAGAGAUGAUUGAAAUCAACCUCUAUAAUUCUCACUUCCCGAAAUCUUGAUAUUACAAUAAAGCAUUAUUAAAAUGCAUAUCGAAUAUGGAACGACGAGUGCUUAAGUACCCACACACACACUAUGGUCUCUAGUAUAAACAAUAGAGUUUGAAUUACCCCUCGCCACCCACCUUGACAUCCCAGCUAUGCUCAUACGCAAAAUAUGUCUGUACUAGAAUAAUCAGAAAACUAGAUUUUUUAAAUACAAAUAAAAAUAUAUUUCUGAUAAAAUUCACUAGAAAAAAGCUAUACACAGAAGAAACUAAUUCUAAGGUACUGACAGAGAUAGUGUUGUCUUUUUCGUUCCUUUUGUCAGAGUAGUUAGAACAAAAGAGGUAGAGUAUGUAUUUCUUACUGCUUUAAUGGUUAAGAAGUGGGAGCUUAUCAAGACACCAGUAAAGUUACAUUAGAAAAGUUAUAGAAAGACACAUUAGGUAUAGUAAAAUACCUUUUUUGCUCGCUUCUCUGCUUGAAGCUGUGGUCAAAUUGAGAGCUAUUUCAGCCCGUAAUAAUAAGAAAAUAGCGGCUAAUGUUGAAAUCAACCGUUCACUCUAAAAUGUGCUAUAAAAAGUGUAUUUACAAACACCAAUCUCUGUUGUCUUAUCAGAUGGGACGAUAUUCACGGCAGAUGUCACGACAUUAAGGAUUGUGAACUUUACACCGGGCUAAUUCAUAGCUGUUCAAUUUGGCGAGCGCUUUAAAAGCUUUUUCGCAACGACGAUAUUGUCCUUCCAGUCUACAGAAACAUUAGACACAGUCCAUUUAUGUUUUUAAUAAGUAGAAUGCCAUUUUGCAUUCAUAAGUCAAUUUUCUUUCCUCUCAAUUAUAAUCUUAUCAGGUAAUUUUACCUCUAUGCAAGAUUUUUUACAACAAAAAUUCCUAAUCUAAAUUGACUGAAAAACUUCCUCUGAUCUUCCUAGUUAUUAAUAUAACGUGUAAAAGUCGUAAUUGAUAAUAUUGUUUACAGAUUAGAAGUAGUAAUUGUACAUGUGUUAGUCAAAUUCUAUUCCAAGAUUUCGAAAGGCGGUACCAGAUUUUGCCAAAUUCAGCUGGGCUUCUUGCCUAUUAUUUUUCAAGGUGUUCUAGUGCAGAAAGCUUAUGACAGCAGUUGUAUUAAAAUGCAUUGACCUAUUUCUGAUGCUGUAGGGACUAGGGUUAUACAAGUUCCUUCGUGUUUUUUGUCUAUUUAUGUUCAGAAGCAGGAGCUUAUGGAUACAAUCAAAUGAAGAAUGGACUUGAAUGCAAUUCAGUUGUUUUAUAAUUUGGAUAUAAAAUGGUAUUGCCAUCAAACUUGAAAACUGUUCAAAUUUCUGUUCAAAAUUUUACUGACACUCAGUAUUGCCAUAAAGUCGUGUUUUUAUUAUCUGUACUAUAUUGUCAUACCAUGACUCCGCCUGUAUUAUAACUUAUACAGUGUUUUACGUUAUGUAUUUUAUUUAUUAUUCAAAGUAUUAUUCUUCGGGAUAGUAUAUUAGGUGCAGGGUCACUGCCUGUAAAGACGAAACAAGAUUUUGGUCGAUGUGAAAUGAUUAUUAUAGAAAAAAAUUCAAUGAUAGAGCGAAGCCAGGAUGCGUAAACAACAAACAUGUGAUAGCAACUGCUUUUAUGCAGUAGGCAGCGUAUAAGCUUAGCUUAGAUAGGCGAAUUGAACUUAUUUUCAAAUAAUAACGUUGGUCUGAACGUUGAAAUAUAAAUCGAAGUUGCAAGUUCCAAGUCACUUGACUUGCCUGGGAGCAGGUACAUUAGAAUUUCACUGCGUAGAUACUUAAUUGAAUAAAGAAGGCAGAACUAGGUUGUUAUAUUUGACAUGUUUUAAUAUAACUAAAGGUUUAUUACUUGUCUCGGGUCCUGCCAUCCUGGCGUCGUUCAUGUUGAGUGUCAAAGAUAAGGGAGUUACAAAUGUAUGUAAAUUAUCCGCUAGUCUGUUAUUUAGUAUAGAGUUUAUAUUAAGAUAUCAGCCGUUGACAUCUAAAAUUAUUUUUAACGUUUGAUAUGCUAGCUUGGUAACGAAUUUUCGCCAGGACCUCAAAAAAUCUGGUACAAAAGUGUCGUUAGAAUUGUGUAAUUUUGUUCCUUUACCCACAUUCCUUAUUCAAUCUGUUAGAAAAUAAUGUUAUCAUAUUUAAAUGUCAACCAAGUUAGUUCCUUCUAUUCUUGUAAACCACUAUAGUAUUUAUCAACUAUUUUUUUUAAAGCAGGGAAGGAGUAAAUUCAAGUACAAAUGUGUGAUUGGAAUUCCUUUACAUAUUUCACUUGAAAUGAAACUAAGCAAAAGCUUCCGAAACUACAAGUACCAGACUGGCAAGAAUUGUUAAAAUAAUGUAGAAUAAAUACCAAGCUAAUGUAAUUAUUGUUUACCCUGUGAUAGUCGGUUCUCUUGCUUCAGGCAUUAUUUAUUUAAAAUAUAUUUGAGAUUUUUAUUUAAAAUUCAUUAUACGAUCAAAUUUUUAAA